UCGCUCCUUCAACGGCCAGCUUCCCCGCCCGCCAUAGCGACCGGUCGACACGACAACUGUGCGUCUUCCCCACAGACGGCAGCGCGAGAGACAUUGCACACUUGGUCACGGCCCCAAUGCUACCGCGAGCAUCGCCAGUCUCACUCGUUUCAUAGCUGGCGCACUGCGCGUACUGUGUAGAGCCCCUGCCCGUCCCCAAACACACGUGAAUCCCUGUUUGCGCGAACCCACGGCGCAAGGCACUCGACACUCGCUCACCCCCAACGAGUCUCGCGAGCUGGUCUCUGGCAGACGCGCCUAUUCUUCGCCAUGAUGCUCCGCCCGGCCACGCCCCUAUCGAUCCUAUUCUUCGUUGCUUUUUGUCUGCUGCUGCUGUCGACGCUCUCGACGCCCAUCAUCAAGGGCAUCCCCAUUGCUACCUACCGCGGCAUCAACUUUGGUGUGCUGGGCUACUGCGAGAAUGACAGUUGCACGGGGCCCACGAUCGGCUACGACACGGAAACACUCUUUGCAGACAACCCUGAUACAGACUUCUCGCUACCCGCUGCCACUCGCCAUGCGCUGUCGUCCAUCCUCAUUGUCCACCCUGUCGCGGCCCUGAUGACGCUGAUAUGCUUUGGCCUCGCCGUCGCCGCCCACUUUCACUCACCUGCCCAUUCACCGCGAUACCUCCUUGCGCUGCUCAUCUUCACCUUUCCCACGCUGCUGGUCUCGCUGCUCGCGUUCCUCGUCGACAUCCUGUUGUUUGUUCCGCAUGUGGCCUGGGGAGGAUGGAUUGUCUUGGCAGCCACCAUUCUUAUCGUUGCGAGCUGGAUAGUGACGUGCGCCAUGAGGCGGACUCUGGUCAGUCGCAAGGCGAGGAAGAGGCGCAUUGCUGAACACGACGGGAUGAACGGCCAGGAUUACUACACAAACCGCGCCAAUACCACAAACGUGGCGACGGACUUUCCAAAGGCAGAAUCGCCGCCACCAUUCGCUGGCGACCAUGCCAUGUCUGGAUCGAGUACAAAUGACUAUGCGUCUUUUGAGCUCCAGAAGCAGUCGUCGCCGCAGUCACACGAGGACAUGACACCGCUCAACCAGCGAAAUCCUUCGCUCAAGACAAACAGCAGUAACGGAAGAGAUGGAUCGGACGUCCUGGGUCCUACUCGUGGUCCUUUGGGUCGUGGACGUCAACCUGUCGAUCAGUACGGCAACACCAUUCCACCCAUGCCAAAUGACACCUACAUGAUGCAAGCUCCCCCGCGAGGUGGAGGCAGAGGAGGCAUGUACCGAGGAAGAGGAGGUCCCCCGCCACGAGGAGGUCCCAACGGUGGUCCCAGAGGAGGAUAUGGGCCAGGGCCAGGACCAAGGGGAGGCAUGCGUGGUCCGCCGCCUCCAGGAUGGAACGGCAACGGACGGGGUAUGCGCCCUGGUCCAGGUGGGCCAGGUGGGCCAAUGCCAGGUGGGCCAGGCCCUAUGGGUCGAGGAGCUCCUCCACCCGGAUACAACAACAACUUCUACGGUCAAGGACCACCGCCGCCACGUGACGUUUCACCCUAUGAUGCCCGUGGAACAUCACCUGGACCUAUGCAACCUCAUGCGGCGAUUGGGCAAGCCAUUGAGAUGGACGCUCGCAACGGCACACCCCCGGCGAACCAGCAGACUUUCGGAUUGAGGGAGAGCGAUGGCGACGUGCAAGGCAUGUUGGCACUCCAGCAGGGCGGCUUCCCGGCUCACUCGCCUCAACGCCGAUUGUCUGAACUAGCGAGCCCAACCAGCUCGUAUUCACAAGAAGAGCAGCAACAGUCGCAACAAUACGCCCCGCCACGUUCCAACUGGGAUCCAACUCAAAACAACACAUCCGACCCGACCCUGAUGAGCAGCAGUGGCAACCAUAGCGGCGGGCUAUCCCCAAUCCAAGACUCUCCUAUCGAGCUCCCCAACCAACAAUCGCAUACGGGCGUGCCGCUACCCCACAUCAGCGAGCGCACCUCCGACUACUACGAAGAUGUAGACCCUAAAUUUGCCGAGCCCGCGCGCAACAACCCUCAACCACGCGUGCCCUCCUUGCUUGUGCCAGGCAACUACCAAUCCCAAAAUCAACAACAUGGUUUCCUCUCCGCCCCCCGCCACUCCAAUCACUCUCCACACAACAAUAGUGAUCCCAACCUCCCCCGCUCAUCCUCCUACGACGACCUCCCCGAAGCCUCAGGCUCAGGCUCGCGCUCCCCCGCUGUCUCGGAAGCCAGCCACUACACCUCCGUGUCCCAGCGCCCUGUUAACCCGGCCUGGAGACCGGACAUGGGUGGGCCACCAGGCCAGUUUGGACCGUAUGGUGGCGGAGGCGGUGGGCGUGGACGGCCCAUGAGGCAGGAAGACGUUAUCUUCUCUGCGAAUGCGGCAAAUCCCGAUUUUGCGAUUCCAGGAAUGGGUAGAGGGCGAGGCAGAGGAAGGGGACGAGGCGGCAGAGGCGGUGGUAUGAAUCAAGCGCCGCCGGCGAACACAAUGGGUCCUGGUGCCGCAUUGGGAACGCAAGGAAGGUAUCCUGGUGCUAGUGCCAUGUAGGGUUGGCCUAGCAUUAUAGGGUGCACAUAAGACGUUUGCGAAAGAGGGGUAGGUGUAUGUGAACAGUUCCCGCUUCUUUCGUCGUGGAUCUAUCGGUAUGUCCCGGGUGAUCUUCUUCCUCUUUUGCUCCUUUCAAUAUUCCG